ACCGCUUGUUAGGAUUCCCCUCUCCACAAACUUUAACCUAAAUAUUGAAUGCUGAGGACCUGCUGCUUUCCACCAUAAUGUUGGGUACAGUGAAAAUGGAAGGACACGAAACGUCAGACUGGAGCAGUUACUACAGUGACGCUCAAGAGGUAUAUUCGUCCGUGCCAAACAGCGGCAUGAAUGCAGGACUUGGCUCCAUGAACAGUAUGAACAGUUAUAUGGGUAUGUCCACCAGCGGAAAUAUGACCUCUGGUUCCUUUAAUAUGUCCUAUGCGAAUCCAGGUUUGGGUGCCGGACUUAGCCCAGGAACAAUGGCAGGAAUGCCCCCGAGCGCGACUACUGCAAUGAACGGAAUGACAGGCGGGGUGUCAGCAAUGGGCGCCGCUCUUAGCCCUACGAACAUGAACGCCAUGUCUGCUCAGCAGGCUUCCAUGAACACGCUGACACCUUACUCAACCAUGAGUCCGGCAAUGAGCCCUAUGGCAUAUGCACAGCCCAACCUAAACCGAGCACGGGACACCAAGACUUUCAGAAGAAGCUAUCCACAUGCCAAACCACCAUAUUCCUACAUUUCUCUUAUAACAAUGGCGAUCCAGCAAUCGCCUAGCAAGAUGCUCACAUUAAGCGAAAUCUACCAGUGGAUAAUGGACUUGUUUCCAUAUUACCGUCAAAAUCAGCAAAGAUGGCAGAACUCCAUACGACAUUCAUUGUCUUUCAACGAUUGUUUUGUCAAAGUUUCUCGGUCACCAGACAAACCGGGAAAAGGCUCGUACUGGGCCCUGCACCCAGAUUCUGGAAAUAUGUUUGAGAAUGGCUGUUACCUUCGCAGACAGAAGCGCUUUAAGUGUGAGAAAAAGUUAGCCGCGAGCAAAGGAUCAGACGGAAGGAAAGACCAGUCCGGCGGUGCGGGGUCGCCUCCGAACGACAGUGCCAACAGUAAGAACGGUCAUCUGGACUCUAGCUCCAUUUCCAGUUCCAACCAGUCGUCUAGUCCUCAUAACAUGGACCACACGAGCGGUAACACUUCCGAACUGAAGGGAAACGGGCCGCCGGUGCACCCUGCGGCCAGUUCAACCACGGCCUUGUCCUCGAUUUCCUUGCCUCCGCACUCGAUGUCCCACGAGUCACAGUUGCACCUUAAAGGGGAUCCCCAUUACUCUUUCAAUCAUCCCUUUUCCAUCAAUAACCUAAUGUCCUCUUCCGAGCAACAGCACAAAUUGGACUUGAAAGCCUACGAGCAAGCUUUGCAAUACUCCUCCUACGGUUCAGGCAUUUCUUCCAGUUUGCCCCUGGGCAGCGCCUCCAUGACCGGAAGAGCCAGCAUGGACCCAUCGGCAAUAGAAGCGUCUUACUAUCAAGGUGUGUAUUCGAGACCUGUCCUUAACACGUCUUAGUCUCAUUUCAACUUUUACCGUACUGAAGAGAGACCGACAGAAAAUUUUAUUUUAUUUUUGCAUGCACUUGGUGCAUAAAGGACUGUUACUUUAAUGUAUAAGAAUGUGUAUGUAUAAAACAAAAUAUACUGUAAAGUGUCACUUUUGAAUGAUUGUUUACCCCAGUUGGAAAUCAUUGCAGGUGUUUUGCUAGUGUAUUUAAAACAAUUUCGAGCUUGUAAAAUAAUGUUGUAUUCCCCAAACCUGUAGUCGCUACAACGAAUCGUCCGCCGUGUUACAAUGUGCAUGAAUGAAGGUCAAUGAGGUUUUGUGGAAUGUCGAGUGACACAGGUUAUAAAAGAGAAAAAACAGGAAAAAAAUCCAGUAAACCAUUUGUCUGUUGCAGAUGUUCUGCUCAUAGAUGUUGUCGUUUUAUUCAUUGCUUUUGAUAGUUUGCUUAGUUUUUGACACCCCCAUCCCAGCCCCAGUUUUGUAUUUAAAAAAGUUCAUCCACCGUGGAAAUGCAUUAUGACAAAUAAAACACGUAUUUCUUUAUGAAGAAAAAGCCCAGUCUUUUUGUGGUAUUUUGAAGUCAAAGAGGAUUAUUUAAAGACAAACGUGUC